AUGGGCUUCGGCGGGAGCUCCGCUGACAGCGCGCAUGAGAGAAAGGGCUUGGAAUCCUGGGAGCAGCAUUGGUGGGCGAAGGGAGAUCUAGUGGCCGGUGUCGAUGAAGCAGGUCGGGGACCGCUAGCUGGGCCGGUCGUCGCCGCCGCCUUCGUUGUGCUUGCUUCCAAAGAUGAAGAGGUUCUCGAUGUGCUGUCCAGGGUGAAUGAUUCGAAGCAGCUGUCCGAGCAGCAGCGGGAAAGCCUUUUCGAGGAGCUGACGGAUCCGAAGUUUAAGGGACGCACCUCCUGGUCCGUUGCCGAGUGCUCGGCAAGCGAGAUUGAUGAAGGCAACAUCCUCCAGGCCUCGCUGCAAGCGAUGUCCCGUGCUGUACAUGGCCUCACCGUGCGUCCGGGGGCGGUUCUCGUGGAUGGCUGCAACCGCCCGCCGGAGCUUCUGGAGCCGGGAGAGAAGUGGACCAGGAUGUCUCAGAGAGACCUCGAAGCCCGAAAGAACCAGACAAAGCUGGCACGGUUCUUCUCAAAGGCUGUUGAGCCAAAGGCUCAGGCUGAGGAGGAGUGGCGACCAAAGGAAGUGGAGGCUGUCAUCGAAGGGGAUGGACGCGUUCCAUCGAUCUCCGCCGCAUCGGUGAUUGCAAAGGUGUACCGAGACCGUCACAUGGAGAAGCUCGAUGUCCAAUUCCCGCUCUAUGGGUUCAAGGCUCAUAAGGGGUAUGGCACUGAAGCCCAUUUAGAAGCGAUUCGACGUCAUGGGGUUUGUGCGGAGCAUCGCAAGACGUUUGGACCCAUCAGGCAAGCCAUCGCCAAAGACAAUGCCGAAGCUUCCGAGGCUGCGACGGAACUUCCUUUACGUGGUAAGCGGGCCAGGACAAAGGCUGAACUCCCAGGCGUCAAGCGGCCACGGAAAGCUGUAGCAUGCGGCUCCUAA